AUGUCAUUCUGGCCUUUUGGACAGAAUCUGACUCAUUCUAAUAUCAACAAGAUUCUAGAUGAGUAUUUUCACGUGUUACACGAACUAGAGCGGAUCAACCCGAGUGUUGGUAAGGCCAUUCCUGCGAUUUUUAACAACGUGCAGCAGCGAGGUACGAAUGACUCCCUGGAUUCUAUUCCGGAGGAGUAUAGUCAAGGCAAUGAUAUAAAGACAGCAGAUGGAGAUCAGAAAAGCCGGUUUGAGAAGGAUGAACAGCAGGAACGGUAUGAGAAGGAGGAGGAGGAGCGUAGCAUGAAUUCUAGCGAAUCUUCCACUACAUCGUUCUCUUCAGGGUCAACUUCGAAAACGGAUUUAGAUGAGGAGGAUAUUAGUAAUACCACUGCCCCCAUGAUGGUUACCACAAAGAGUCUGGAUAAUUCUUUCAUUGAAAAAAUGCUCGUUGAAACGGAGCUUUUGAAUGAACUAUCGAGACAAAACAAGACGUUACUCGACUUCAUUUGUUUUGGGUUUUUCUUUGAUAAGAGAACUAAUAAAAAAGUAAAUAAUAUGGAAUAUCUGAUCGAUCAACUGAUGGAAUGUAUCUCAAAAAUUAAAACUGCCACCACAGUGGACCUCAACAAUCUGAUAGAUUACCAAGAACAGCAGCAGCUCGAUGAUAGCUCCCAAGAGGAUAUCUACGUAGAAUCUGAUACGGAACAAGAAGAAGAGAGAGAGGAGAAUAAUAACAGUAACAAUAACAAGAGACGAAAACGUGGCAGCUCUUCGUUCAAUAGCGACGAUAACGACGACAACGAUGCGAACGAGGAUGAUGAAUCUGCUUAUUUGACGAAAGCCACUAUAAUAUCUGAGAUCUUUUCUCUAGAUAUUUGGUUGAUUAGCGAAUCAUUGGUGAAAAAUCAAUCAUACUUGAACAAGAUUUGGUCUAUCAUCAACCUUUCAAACUUUAAUUCUGAGAAUUCUCCUUUGGUACCGAUAUUCUUAAAGGUUAAUCAAAACCUGUUACUAACUAGGCAAGAUCAAUAUUUGAAUUUCAUUCGAACAGAGAAGAGCUUUGUGGACGAUAUGUUGAAGCAUGUAGAUAUUUCAUUGUUGAUGGAUUUUUUCCUAAAGAUAAUAUCCACAGAUAAGAUUGAAUCGCCAACGGGAAUAAUCGAAUUAGUGUAUGACCAGAACUUAAUUAGCAAGUGUUUGAGCUUUCUCAAUAACAAACAAUCACCAGCGGAUAUCCAAGCCUGUGUAGGUGAUUUUCUAAAAGCUUUGAUUGCCAUCUCUGCCAAUGCACCCCUGGAUGAUAUUUCGAUUGGACCAAAUUCUUUGACUAGACAAUUAGCAUCACCAGAAUCCAUCGCGAAGCUAGUUGAUAUCAUGAUCAAUCAAAGAGGUGCUGCACUAAAUACCACUGUCUCGAUUGUUAUCGAACUGAUAAGGAAAAACAAUUCGGACUACGAUCAAGUCAAUCUCCUAGCCACUACUAUCAAGACACAUCCGCCUUCAAAUAGAGAUCCAAUAUAUUUAGGUUAUUUACUCCGGAAAUUUUCCGACCAUUUGUCGGAUUUUUUCCAAAUCAUUUUAGACAUUGAAAAUGAUCCAAACAUUCAGUUACAUGAAAAUCAGUUGCAUGAAAAGUUUAAACCUUUAGGAUUUGAAAGAUUCAAAGUGGUGGAAUUAGUCGCUGAGUUACUUCAUUGCUCAAAUAUGGGAUUAAUGAAUUCUAAAAGGGCUGAGAGAAUUGCCAGAAGAAGAGAUAAAGUAAGGAGUCAAUUAUCCCAUCAUUUACAAGACGCGCUAAAUGAUUUAAGUAUCGAUGAAAAGGAACAUUUCAAAACGAACACCUCUCUAACAAAUAACGUUAAUGACAAUUUAAUAAAUAAUAACGGUAAACAAAAUAAUAAUGACAAUAAUGAUGACGAUGAUGAAAGCGAUUAUGGCGAUGAAAUAGAUGAAAGCUUUGAAAUUCCAUAUAUCAAUAUGAAGCAAAAUACAAAACUUAGGACUGACCCCACUGUGGGGGAUUUGUUCAAGAUCAAACUUUAUGAUACGCGAAUCGUUUCCAAAAUAAUGGAAUUAUUUUUAACGCAUCCCUGGAACAAUUUUUGGCAUAAUGUUAUAUUCGACAUAAUUCAGCAAAUAUUCAAUGGUAGGAUGGAUUUUUCCUAUAAUUCAUUCCUUGUAUUGUCUCUUUUUAACUUAAGGAGCUCAUAUCAAUUCAUGACUGAUAUAAUUAUUCCGAAUGAAAAAGAAAUGAACGUUUCUGGCUUUACUCCCGUUUCUAGAGACCCAAAUUUUGAUUUUAGGAUAACUACUGAUUUCAUAUUAAAGGGUUACCAAGAUUCUUAUAGAUUUUAUGAGCUGAGGAAAAUGAAUUUGGGAUAUAUGGGCCAUAUAGUCUUGAUUGCUGAAGAAGUGGUCAAGUUUUCCAAACUAUACAAAGUGGAACUAAUCUCUCCUGAUAUCCAAGAUAUUCUACAAACCGAAGAGUGGCAAUACUACUCUGAGGAAGUGUUAAACGAAACAAGAAUGAUGUACUCAAAAAUUCUUGGUGGCGGAAGUUAUAUCGAUGAUGGAAACGGUAACAUCAUUCCACAGCUUCCUGAUAACAGUACAGUGUUAACACCCAACGAUGAAACAAACAAUACUAAUGAAAUGUUUGAUUCAGAUACUGGAAAGAGUAAUGGGAAUAGUGGUGGCGGCCAAUUGAUUAACGUUGAAUCUUUAGAAGAACAAUUGUCUUUGUCCACAGAAUCUGAUUUACAUAAUAAAUUAAGGGAAAUGUUAAUCAAUAGGGCUCAGGAAGACGUUGACAAUAAAAACAUGGAGAAUGGAGUUUUCAUACUUGGACCCCCCGAUAAUAAGAACGAUAAUAAUAACACUAACAUUAAUAACAACAACAAUAAUAAUAACGAUAAUAAUGAUAAUGACAAUGAUAAUGCUCGUAAUUAUAAUGAAAAUGCUGAUAAUGAUAAUGAUUAUGAUCAUGAAUGA